AUGCCGCCCCCACCGAGACCAGUAGCAGGCGCGCAGGAGCCGACAGUCUUUCAGAAACUCAAAAUGGGCGCUCUCACAGGCGGUCUGGUCGGCCUGACCAUCGGCUUCAUUUUCGGCUCGUUCGCCAUUCUGCGCAAUGGCGCUGGACCGAGAGGCUUCAUGCAUUCGCUCUCGCAAUACAUGCUGACUUCAGGCGCAACCUUUUGCUUCUUCAUGUCAAUUGGCACAGUGAUAAGAACAGAUCAAUCGCGAGCGCUGACAGCAUUCGAAGAGGCGGCUUACAAGCGGAGCGCGAUCAUGGGCCCUCCAGUCUCUGCAACCGCGACCGGAUUGCGACGGCAGAUGAGAGAGCAUUACGAAAGCGAACGGAGGAGGACAUCUGCGUCUACAUGA